GCAACCGUUACAGAUAAACCGAUAGAUAUUGCCUAUGAAUUAAUGGCGGCGGCAAAUUUUGCACCACUCCACCACCACCAUUUCCGCCGCUGCCCGUCCCCGCCAAAUUCGAGCUCGUUGUUGAUAUCAAAGGCGUGUUUCCUUAGCAGAAAUUUUUCAUCCUCUUACUCGUUUUGUGCGUCGAUCCAGCCCGCGAAAAUCACUCAUGGACAGUUAGUUAAUUGCUCUCCGUCGCCAUCCUCUACUUCGCCGGAAAUUAGUGCCGCCACGGCUGAGUCAUGUGUUAAUUUGGGACUGUCUCUUUUCGCCAAAGGACGGGUUAAGGAUGCUCUUGAACAGUUUGACACUGCUCUCACUUUGGAUCCUAACCCUGUGGAGGCUCAAGCUGCUCUGUAUAACAAAGCUUGCUGCCAUGCCUACAGGGAGGAAGCCAAGAAAGCUGCUGAAUGUUUACGAACAGCUUUGAGAGAAUAUGACCUCAAGUUUGGAACCAUUCUAAAUGAUCCUGAUUUGGCCUCAUUUAGAGCUAUGCCUGAAUUCAAGGAAUUGCAAGAAGACGUUGGCUUCUCAAUUAUGGCCACCUUUUAUUUUGCAUAUGUUUCUAUAUUUCAAGAUAUUCCAAUAUAUUUCAACUGUCAAUGCUCACCUUGUAAAAUCUUGCACCAUUUCUCAUUGCAACGUCAUCAACAGGCCAGACUGGGUGGAGAGGAUAUAGGCUAUGGCUUUCGAAGGGAUCUAAAGCUCAUUAGUGAGGUCCAGGCACCUUUCCGCGGGAUUCGCAGAUUUUUCUAUGUGGCAUUCACAGCUGCUGCGGGAAUCUCAUUGUUCUUAACCAUACCUAGACUAUUUGCUGCAAUCAAAGGUGGUGAUGGUGCUCCUGACCUGUUACAGACAUCUGAAAAUGCAGGAAUAAAUAUUGGAGGUAUUAUUGUUUUUGUGGCUUUAUUCUUAUGGGACAACAAAAAGGAGGAGGAACAGUUUGCUCAAAUUACAAGGAAUGAAACACUAUCAAGGCUUCCUCUGCGCCUUUCGACAAACAGGAUUGUUGAACUUGUGCAGCUACGGGACACAGCAAGGCCUGUUAUUUUGGCUGGGAAGAAAGAGACAGUUGAUUCAGCCAUGCGAAAGGCAGAGAGGUUUCGAACAAAUCUUCUCCGGAGAGGAGUUAUACUGAUUCCUGUUGUAUGGGGUGAAAGGAGAGAACCGCUGGCAGAGAAAAAAGGCUUUGGUCUUUCUCCAAAAGCAGCUGCUUCUCUCCCAUCAAUUGGGGAAGAUUUUGAUAAGCGAACUCAAUCAGUUGUUGCAAAUUCAAAAAUCAAAGCUGAGAUUCGAUUCCGAGCAGAAGUGGUAUCAGCUGCUGAAUGGGAAAGGUGGAUAAGAGAUCAACAAGAGGCUGAAGGCAUAACUCCGGGUGAAGAUGUGUACAUAAUUCUCCGUCUAGAUGGCCGUGUUCGAAAAUCAGGGCUGGGAAUGCCUGAUUGGCAAGAAAUUGUGAAGGAGGUGCCCCCAAUGGAAGAUCUCUUGAGCAAGCUGGAGAGAUAAACCACGUGUCGAAACACUGCUAGUUGAGAUUAAAUUAAUUCUAUUCUAUGAGAAAAUAUUGUACUCCAUAUUUCUUUCUCAAAUUGAGCUAGCUACCAAUAUAGUGCACAUUGAUAUCUGCUCAUGUUUAGGUGGUACUUGACUCACCAUCUACUACAACAUCUUAACCACUCAAAAGUUGGAUAAUAAAUUCUUUUUCCUUUUGCCCCUC